AUGUCGACCACCAUCACCUUGUACCCGCUCAGCAACUACCCGUUCGCGAGCAAGGACCAGCAGCUCGAGGAGGACCCCUCGGUCGUCGCACGCCUGCAGCGCCUGGAGCACGACUACGAGCAGUACGGCAUGCGCCGCACGGUUGAGGGCAUCAUGCUCGUCCACGAGCACGGCCACCCGCACGUCCUCCUGACCCAGGUCGGCUCGGCCUUCUUCAAGCUCCCCGGCGACUACCUCAAGCCGCACGAGAGCGACGAGCAAGGGCUCAAGGCGCGCAUGCACCUCCGCCUCGGGCCCGACCCGCCGGGCGACGCCGCCGACGGCGAGAUGAAGGUCGAGGAGGACGGCGCGGGAGCGGACGAGUGGGAGGUCAGCGACGUCAUCGGCCAGUUCUGGCGGCCAAAUUUCGAGUCGUUCAUGUACCCGUACAAGCCGGCCCACAUCACCAAGCCCAAGGAGGUCAAGACGUGGCACCUCAUCCAGCUUCCCGAGACUCGGAUCCUCACGGUGCCCAAGAACCAGAAGAUCGUCGCGCUCCCGCUCUUCGAGCUGUACGACAACGCCAUACGGUACGGCCCGCAGCUGUCGUCGCUCCCGGCCCUCCUCUCGCGCGUCAACUUUGUCUACGCGUCCUGAGCGUGCGGCUCGACGUCGCCUGUAUACCCUCCUCCCUCGUCGGCGCCUCGUGCGGCCCUCGAGCCUGCUUGUUGUGCUCCAACCCUCGCUCGCGCCCGAUACCCUCCUUGCGUUCUCCCCGCGUCGUUCGACUUCGUCAUCUGUGCAACCACACGUCCGUUCUCGCUGUC